CACGCGCUCCUUUAAGGCAGCGAGCCCGCCCAGAGCAUUUUAUUUCGCCCCCUCCGACGGCGCCGAGGUAGCGGCUUCACCUUUAAGGCAGCGCGGGGAUUGCUGGGAAGGCCGGCGGGAUGGAGACAGCAGGACCAGCUCCCAGCUGCGGUUCUGGGUGAAGCGGUGCGGGAGCCAGAGCUGGAGCCUUGCCUGAUCCAGAAGCGCAGGCCCGGGGGCCGCCUGCCCGCCCCUCAUCUUCACAGGUGGCACGACUAUGGCUACGAUGGUGCUUCCACGGGAGGAGAAACUGACCCAGGAUGAGAUCGUGUUGGGCACCAAAGCUGUCAUCCAGGGACUAGAGACCCUGCGCGGGGAGCAUCGUGCCCUUCUCGCUCCCCUGACCUCGCAUGAGGCCGGCGAGGCCGAACCUGGUUCUCAGGAGCGCUGUCUUCUCCUGCGACGCUCCCUGGAGGCCAUUGAGCUGGGGCUAGGGGAGGCCCAGGUGAUCCUGGCACUGUCAAGCCAUCUGGGUGCUGUGGAGUCAGAGAAGCAGAAGCUUCGGGCUCAGGUGCGGCGCCUGGUGCAGGAGAACCAGUGGCUGCGUGAGGAGCUGGCAGGGACACAGCAGAAGCUGCAGCACAGUGAGCAGGCAGUGGCCCAGCUGGAAGAAGAGAAGCAGCACCUGCUGUUUAUGAGCCAGAUCCGCAAGCUGGAUGACGAUACCUCCCCUAAUGAAGAGAAGGGAGAUGUCUCCAAAGACUCCCUAGAUGACUUGUUCCCCAAUGAAGAUGAGCAGAGCCCAGCCCCCAGUCCUGGAGGAGGGGAUGUGGCUGCCCAGCAUGGGGGCUAUGAAAUCCCAGCGCGACUUCGCACUCUGCACAAUCUGGUGAUCCAGUAUGCCUCUCAGGGCCGCUAUGAGGUAGCUGUGCCACUCUGCAAGCAGGCACUGGAGGAUUUGGAGAAGACAUCAGGCCAUGACCACCCUGAUGUGGCCACCAUGCUGAACAUCCUGGCACUGGUCUAUCGGGACCAGAACAAGUACAAGGAGGCUGCCCACCUGCUCAACGAUGCCCUGGCCAUCCGGGAGAAGACACUGGGCAAGGACCACCCAGCAGUAGCAGCAACACUAAAUAAUCUGGCAGUUCUGUAUGGCAAGCGGGGCAAGUACAAGGAGGCUGAACCACUGUGCAAGCGGGCACUGGAGAUCCGGGAGAAGGUCCUGGGCAAGUUUCACCCAGAUGUGGCCAAGCAGCUCAGCAAUCUGGCCUUGCUGUGCCAGAACCAGGGCAAAGCAGAGGAGGUAGAAUACUACUAUCGGCGGGCACUGGAGAUCUACGCCACACGCCUCGGCCCUGACGACCCCAAUGUGGCCAAGACCAAGAAUAACCUGGCUUCCUGCUACCUGAAACAGGGCAAGUACCAGGAUGCAGAGAUCCUGUACAAGGAGAUCCUCACCCGAGCUCAUGAGAAGGAGUUUGGUUCUGUCAAUGGAGACAACAAGCCCAUCUGGAUGCAUGCAGAGGAACGGGAGGAGAGCAAGGAUAAGCGCCGGGACAGCGCCCCCUAUGGGGAAUAUGGCAGCUGGUACAAGGCUUGUAAGGUUGACAGCCCCACAGUCAACACUACCCUGCGUAGCCUGGGCGCCUUGUACCGGCGCCAGGGCAAGCUAGAAGCUGCACACACACUGGAGGACUGUGCCAGCCGCAACCGAAAGCAGGGCCUGGACCCUGCAAGCCAGACCAAGGUGGUAGAGCUGCUGAAAGAUGGCAGUGGUGGGAGGGGAGGCUGUCGUGCCACCCGAGACUCAACUGGAGGUGCUGGGCCUCGGUCUGAGUCUGACCUAGAGGAGGCAGGACCUGCAGCUGAGUGGAGUGGGGCCUGUCACCCAAAGGAUGGCAGUGGCUCCUUGCGGCGUAGUGGCUCCUUUGGGAAACUCAGGGAUGCCCUGAGGCGCAGCAGUGAGAUGCUGGUGAAGAAGCUGCAGGGGGGCAGCCCGCAGGAACCACCUAACCCCAGAAUGAAGCGGGCCAGUUCCCUCAACUUCCUCAACAAAAGUGUGGAAGAGCCAAUCCAGCCUGGAGGCACAGGUCUUUCUGACAGCCGCACCCUCAGCUCCAGCUCCAUGGACCUCUCCAGACGAAGCUCCCUUGUGGGCUAAUCCUGAAGAGGGAGCCAGUCUCCAGAGCCUCCAUUCAGUACAUCUUAUCCCCCCAGCCCUGCGCAUGGGCCUGCUGCUUGUCCUGCCUGUCUCUCCCAAGGUCCCCUGUCUUUUCUGUUCAAUCUCAGGGUAACCUCCUCCCAUUUCAUCUCAGCCUGAGUCCUGGAGGCUGGGCCUGCCGGCUCCAGCUCUACCCUGUAUUUAUUCCUUCUAGCCGGGCCUCUCUUCCCUAGGUUCCAGCCAGCAGGAGGGGCUGGCUGGGGUCUCCAAGGGGAGGUGGCCGCCCACCCUUUCCAGACUCCGGAGUCAAGAACGCUAAGCACCUGAUGCCCUGCCACUACCCCUACCCUUACUUCCACUUGGCCGUUGCUUCUGUAUAUAAAGAAAUAAGUUAUUGGCCUCUCUCCUCUCCUUAGUCCAAGGUACUCUUGGGCCCCGCCCUUCUCCAGAGGUACCACCCAGGCCUUAAUCACCCCCAUUCCGCUCGGUGGUAUCACCCAGGCUCCUAGUUCUCAGGAGCAGCACCUACCAAAAUGGUUCCUUGAACCGUUUUUGCGCUCCUGGCCUUCAAGGGAUGUUCUGUAACCCGCCUUGCCCUUUUUCUGGGGACUGCAGGCCCUGGGGUCGCUAUCUCACCCAGAGCUGGGCACAGCCCAGCAUCCCGGCCUUAUGCACUGCCCCUCCCAGGCACAGCCUGACCCCGCCCCGGGCACUGACCCUUGAGCCAUCCUGCCACGCCACCUCCCACUCCCGCGGCUUCUCGCGGGGGCUAGUCAUGCUCCCCUACCCCGUGGCAGGAGGGACCACCCCACGUGGUGGUGGUGGUGGGGUUCGAAGCGGUUGCUCUUUAUUUUCAGAUGUUGCUGUAGAAAUAAAGAUGG